UGUAGUGCCAAUGGUCGAACUCUUUUUGACCUUCUCUUUUUUUCCCUUUCAGAUCGGCGGCCUGACAACCAAGCAAGACAUUUGGACUGUUUAUCAGAUGACAAUGACUUUAAAGAAUAAUAGUAAUUAUUAUUGUUGUACUUCCUAUUCCGGUUUGUGUACAGUUAAUCUCUUUUUGUUUGAAUUACCUGAAUUUUGGACUCUUGCCAAUUACAAGCUGCCGAGUGCACGUUGUGUUUUGCCCUGACUUAUCUCGUGCGCUGUGAUCACUGUGACGCGUGCUGCCAUCGUUAUCAGUUCUUCCCUGCGUUUUUCAGCCAUUGACGAUCUUUUGUGCCCCCUGGAUUAUUGUGCAUUACAUAAUUGGUGACAGAGGUGGGAUAUCGUCAUGGCCUCCCGCGCAACUAAACCGAAGAACGAGGAACACGGUGUUUCUGCUGCACAUCCGUCAAAUUGUGGACAGCCACCGUUGGAACUGGGCCUUUGGCAGCUGUCUCUCCGUCCCCCACCGGUUUUUGAUGUUGACACUAACCUAUGCAACUGGCGGCGACGGGUAGAAAUGUCUCUAUCUUGCGUUCCCGAAGAACACAAAUCGUCGGUUAUCAUGAAUUCACUCAGUGAUCGAGUGCAGGAAAUUUUGUUAUCGACUGACAUUCGCCCUGAUGCCUCUGUCGCAGAAAUCUGGAAUCAACUGGAGGCCCUUUUUCCAGACAAGGAGCACUGGUCGGCUACUCGAUCCAUAUUCUGGAAGAGGUUUCGGCGAGAAGCAGAGUCGGCCGAUGCCUUUUUGUGGGACCUUCGGGUGCUAUCGACCAAGGCAUUUCCAGGGAAAUCAGUAACAGAAAGAGAGGCCUUCAUCUUAGAGCGGUUUAUUGAAGGCAUCAACGACGAUCGCACUUCGGAGCGUUUUAUACGAGAGCCGCCGAGAGACUUAGCGACCGCGGCGCGGCUUGCGCGCGAAGAAGAGGUGAUCCGCGAUAGGCGUCCGAAGGUCGACAAGCUGAUGGCUAUUAAUUGUGUGCCGCCGACGAUGAACCGGACUGAACCGCCCCACAGCCUAAGCUCACCUACUUGCCGUCGUUAUUGUCCCAAGUGCCAGAAUUCGCCCCAUGAGAAGUCAGUACGACGCCCCCGCAAUUUCCGAAGGCGCGAACAAUCACCGGGAGUACGAUUCAUUGACGGUGAGUCAGAACUUCCUUGUGUACCUUUGGUGUCUUCUAAGUUCUGUGAAUCCCCAACUGUUGUUGUAGUAAUCAAUGCUCAGCGAUUGCAUGCCCUCAUUGACACCGGUGCAGCGUGUAGCCUUUUAAAAUCCUGUUUCUUGUCCCCCACAGUAGUCACUAGUCCCGGGCGUCAGAUCAGAGUGGCAAAUGGGAUGGUUCUGCUUACUCAUGGGGUUGCUUCCGUAGAUUUGCUGGUCGGUCAAGAGCUUCUUUCUCAUGAGUUUUACAUAGCUGAUCAAAUUCCAUGGGACGCGAUACUGGGGGUUGACUUCUUAAGUCGGUAUGCAUGCGUCAUCGAUCUAACCUCCGGAGUUUUGACCUUGCGUGGCAAGCUGCUCCCUCUAAACUUCAAACCUAAUAAUGGUCAUGUGAAAAAGUUUUGUACUCUGGGUGCUAGCACCGUGGAUGUUGAAGGUGAGAUAUCGGAAUUGCUUUCGUCUGUUAGCCCUACUGUCGACGGUGAUGCUCGGAAACGCCUGGAGAAUUUACUGCGUUCACACAAGCACGCGUUCGCGUGGAAAGGUACAUCUUUGGGUAGAACGAGCGUACUUAAACAUCGGAUUGAAACAGGGGAUGCUCCACCAAUACGGCAAGGGCCCAGGCGUGUCCCACCCCUGUAUAGACAGGAAUUACAGAAAGUGGUGGAUCAGAUGUUAAAAGAUAAUAUCAUACGUCCUUCGCGAUCCCCCUGGGCUGCCCCUAUUGUAUUAGUCAAAAAGAAAGAUGGAACACUGCGCAUCUGUGUAGACUAUAGGAAACUUAAUGAUGUUACCCGGAAAGAUUCUUUCCCUCUACCUCGGAUUGAUGACACUCUGGAAUCAUUGCAUGGCGCCACCUGGUUCUCUACUUUGGAUCUCGCCUCAGGUUAUUGGCAAGUCGAAGUACACCCUAUGGACAUUGAGAAAACUGCCUUCGUUAUACCCACUGGGCUAUAUGAGUUCCAGACCAUGCCGUUUGGGUUGGCAAAUGCACCAGCGACUUUCCAGCGACUGAUGCACAUUGUACUCAGAGAUCUGCAGCCAAGCAAAUGUCUUGUAUACCUGGAUGAUGUCAUAGUUCAUGGACGUACGCUCGAUGAACAUCUCACUAAUCUAGAAACAGUGCUGCAGUGCCUUAGUUCCGCAGGAUUGAAGUUGAAGCCGUCUAAGUGUGACUUGCUGAAGAGAGAGGUUAAAUAUCUAGGCCACGUGAUCAGCGAUUGUGGGAUCCGGAGCGAUCCGUCGAAAGUACAGGAUAUCAUAAGUUGGCCUAUUCCCGAGUCCGUUGAAGAGGUUCGGAGCUUUUUGGGUCUGGCUUCUUACUACAGACGCUUCGUGAAGAACUAUGCGGAUAUGGCAGCACCAUUGCACCGACUCACGGAGAAGGGUCGGCCUUUCCACUGGAGCCCGCAAUGCCAGGAAUCUUUUGAUGAGUUACGUCAUGCUUUGGCCAGCACCCCAAUCCUUGUUUUCCCGGACGUGUCACCUCAAGCUGCCCCAUUCAUUUUGGACACUGAUGCUAGUGAGGUUGGUAUCGGAGCUGUGUUAUCACAGGUCUCUGGGGAUGGUAUGGAACGGGUUAUCGCUUACGCUAGCCGCAAGUUGACAAAACCAGAGCGAAACUAUUGCACUACUAGGAAAGAAAUGCUUGCCCUGGUCUCCUUCGUUAAACAUUUUCGACAUUUCCUGUUGGGUCGACACUUUAUAGUCCGCACUGAUCAUCAGGCGCUCCGGUGGUUGCGGGAAUUUCGCGAACCCGAAGGGCAAGUUGCGCGUUGGCAAGAACAACUGCAAGCCUUCGACUUUGAAUGUCAACAUCGUCCCGGGAAGCAACACAGAAAUGCAGACGCCCUGUCUCGCCGGCCGUCUAGGGCACAUGGGGAUUGUCCGUCGUGUUCAACCUCGAACGUUGCCGUUGUGUCUCUGAACCAUUCGGAUUCAACAGACUGGGCAUCAGCUCACAGUACAGACCCAGAGACCAAGUUGAUUUAUGAGCGCCUACGACAGGGGAGUGUGAAGCCUACGAAGGCAGAAAUGGCUGGAUCUAGCUGGGAAGCGCACUGCUUGUGGUCUCUGUGGUCGAAAAUUCGGCUAUUGGAUGGUGUCAUGUACUACCAGUUUGGUCCAAAUUACCCUAGCAGACUUAUCGUCCCACAGUCCAUGGUGCAACGGAUACUCGAACAGCUACAUAGGGAGUUGGGUCAUGCGGGACAACGGAAAAUGGAGCAAGCAGCAGGUUUGCGUUUUUGGUGGCCUCAACAGCGUCGAGAUAUUGCGAACUUCUGUAACGCCUGCCAUGAGUGCAUCCGCUUUAAGCAACCACAAACGAUGAACAGGGCCCCCUUACAGCCCAUGGUGAUUGGAUAUCCCAACGAAACCGUAGGUGUGGACGUCCUUGGACCCCUGCCUGAAACGCCACGAGGGAAUCGGUAUAUACUUGUUUUGGUCGAUUAUUUCACCAAAUGGUGUGAGGCAAUACCAACCCCGUACAUUGACGCCAGAUCCACAGCUCAGCUCGUGUUUGACCACUGGAUUUCACGGUGGGGGGCACCUGAGCAACUUCAUUCUGAUCGUGGUUCUAAUUUCGAAAGCUUGGUAGUGUCUGAACUCUGCCGAAUACUAGACAUUCGAAAGACUCGGACAACAGCCUACCAUCCCCAGGGCAAUGGCCAAGUAGAGCGCACGAAUCGAUCGCUGAAGGCUCUUUUAAAAGCGUUCACGGAGGAACACCGCAGUCGCGAUUGGGAUAUUGCACUUCCACGGUGCCUCCUGUCCUAUCGGUCCAGCGUUCACUCGUCUACUGAUAAUACUCCACACUUCAUGGUAACUGGGCGCGAAAUGAGAUUGCCAAUUGAUUUGACUGUGCCAACAGCGGCUGCUGAUUCGCUCCUUGCCACAGACUAUGCCGUUCGUUUACGUCGGGACCUGACCAAAGCUUAUUCGCUUGCGCGAGAGCACUUAGGAGCUGCCCGUCGAUGUCAAAAGGAUUACUAUGACCAGAAAGUGCACGGCUGUCCACUUCAACCUGGACAACAAGUCUACCUCCACACUCCGAAUCCAUCUCAGGGCGUUCCGGCGAAGCUGCACAAGGAGUGGUCCGGUCCAUUCGUGGUCGAGGAAGUGUAUACUGAUUCCACCUGUCGAAUUUACAGACAAGGUGAAAACACCGACCGUUCAAUUGUUGUCCAUUUCAAUCGUCUCAAACCGGCAACUCUCAGUACUCAUCCCAUUUCAUCGUCUCAGCGCCCGGUAACCGACACUGACCCACCAGAUGCGUUAACAGAAGUGGAAGUAACGACCACAGAGCCCCACGUAUCGAUUACUAGUUAGGGCGGCGAGGACGACGCCUCUCGAAGAGGGGGAUGAUGUAGUGCCAAUGGUCGAACUCUUUUUGACCUUCUCUUUUUUUCCCUUUCAGAUCGGCGGCCUGACAACCAAGCAAGACAUUUGGACUGUUUAUCAGAUGACAAUGACUUUAAAGAAUAAUAGUAAUUAUUAUUGUUGUACUUCCUAUUCCGGUUUGUGUACAGUUAAUCUCUUUUUGUUUGAAUUACCUGAAUUUUGGACUCUUGCCAAUUACAAGCUGCCGAGUGCACGUUGUGUUUUGCCCUGACUUAUCUCGUGCGCUGUGAUCACUGUGACGCGUGCUGCCAUCGUUAUCAGUUCUUCCCUGCGUUUUUCAGCCAUUGACGAUCUUUUGUGCCCCCUGGAUUAUUGUGCAUUACAG